UGAGGUUUUGCUUUUAUUUAGAAACCAUUUUACCCAUGGGGGGGUUAAUUUUUUAAAAGGUUAGUACUUAAGCUGAGCUUUAUAUUCUCUAAGAAUUAUCCCUCUUUCAAAAUGGCUUGAUAAAACACCACUUCCUGUCCAGAGAGGAAGUUAUUUUAGCUCAAGGACUGAAAUAUUUAGCAGAUCUUUAGACAAAAGGAACAAAUUACAUUUCUCUCUGGCUUAAAAAGGGUGCUUGAGCCAGAGGGGGUUAAGAAACCCUCCCCCCUCCCCCUGAUGGGGUGGUCUGGAGGGGCUGGGAGGUGUGGGGGUGGGGGUCCUCAGGCUCCCUGGGAUGGAGGAUCUUUUUUUUUUUUUUUUGGUGGAGAUGAAGGGGUGGGUCUAUGGUACAUCACCUGAGUUGUGGGGUAAAUGUAGAGAGUGUCAAUCAAAGGCAGAGCUCUCAGAGCUGGGAAGGAGGCUCUAGAUGGCGGCUGUGCCUUAGAGAGAGCGCGCUCUGCUCCCUGCCUUCGCCUCACUUUACGCAACUUUCCCUAACUUUCGGGCAGCCUCAGGGGGCCCCCGCAGCCCCCUGCCUCUCCUAGUGACUGACUGGGGUCGAUUCGAACCUUUUUUAGGGAGAAAAGCAGCUUUUAGGAGCUUUCUUUUCGUGCCUUGUUGGAAAGAAGCAGCCGUACUGAGAGCCCAGGUCGUUGUUUUUUCCAGCUUAGAAGCCAUGGCGCACCUCCAUUUUUGUGCGCUCUCCUAAUGAGGUUUUUUUUCUUCCGGACCCGUUUUAGUAUUAAUUGUUGCUUUAUUUUUUUGACCAGUUAACAUAUUUGAGGAUUAUUUUAUUUAUUUUUCGUCUUUUAACGGAGAAUUUUGUUUUUAUUUUUAAUUAUUUGGGAUCUGAUAUUUUUCUACUAGUAGAUAGGACUCUUGCUUUGGACCUACUACAUGGAUCAGUCAUUCAGCAUCUGAAGAAGCUUCGGGUUCAGACUCAGGCAGCCAGUCAGAGAGUGAGCAGGGCAGCGAUCCAGGAAGUGGACAUGGCAGCGAGUCGAACAGCAGUUCUGAAUCUUCAGAGAGUCAGUCGGAAUCUGAAAGUGAAUCGGCAGGUUCUAAAUCUCAGCCAGUCCUUCCAGAAGCCAAAGAGAAGCCAGCCUCUAAGAAGGAGCGGAUAGCUGAUGUGAAGAAGAUGUGGGAAGAAUAUCCUGAUGUUUAUGGGGUUAGGCGGUCAAACCGAAGCAGACAAGAACCAUCACGAUUUAAUAUUAAGGAGGAGGCAAGUAGCGGCUCUGAGAGUGGGAGCCCAAAAAGAAGAGGCCAGAAGCAGCUGAAAAAACAAGAAAAAUGGAAACGGGAGCCCUCAGAAGAUGAACAGGAACAAGGCACCAGUGCAGAGAGUGAACCAGAGCAAAAAAAAGUGAAAGCCAGAAGACCUGUCCCCAGAAGAACAGUGCCCAAACCUCGUGUUAAAAAGCAACCUAAGAAUCAGCGUGGAAAGAGAAAAAAGCAAGAUUCUUCUGAUGAUGAUGAUGAAGACGAUGAAGCUCCAAAAAGGCAGACUCGUCGCAGAGCAGCUAAAAAUGUUAGUUACAAAGAAGAUGAUGACUUUGAGACUGACUCAGAUGACCUCAUUGAAAUGACUGGAGAAGGAGUUGAUGAACAGCAGGAUAAUAGUGAAACUAUUGAAAAGGUCUUAGAUUCAAGGCUGGGAAAGAAAGGAGCCACCGGAGCUUCUACUACCAUAUAUGCAGUUGAAGCCAAUGGAGACCCUAGUGGCGACUUUGAGACUGAAAAGGAUGAAGGGGAAGUCCAGUACCUCAUCAAGUGGAAGGGUUGGUCCUAUAUCCAUAGCACGUGGGAGAGUGAAGAAUCGUUGCAGCAACAGAAAGUGAAAGGCCUAAAAAAACUAGAGAACUUCAAGAAGAAAGAGGAUGAAAUCAAGCAAUGGUUAGGGAAAGUUUCUCCUGAAGAUGUGGAAUAUUUUAACUGCCAACAAGAGCUGGCCUCAGAGUUGAACAAACAGUAUCAAAUAGUAGAAAGAGUAAUAGCUGUGAAGACAAGCAAAUCUACACUUGGUCAGACAGAUUUUCCAGCUCACAGUCGAAAGCCGGCACCUUCCAAUGAACCUGAAUAUCUAUGCAAAUGGAUGGGACUGCCCUAUUCAGAAUGCAGCUGGGAAGAUGAAGCCUUGAUUGGAAAGAAAUUCCAGAGUUGCAUCGAUAGCUUUCAUAGUCGGAACAACUCGAAAACCAUCCCAACAAGAGAGUGCAAGGCCCUGAAGCAGAGACCACGAUUUGUGGCUUUAAAGAAACAGCCAGUAUAUUUAGGAGGGGAGAAUCUGGAGCUCCGUGAUUAUCAGCUAGAAGGUCUCAACUGGCUUGCUCAUUCCUGGUGCAAAAGUAACAGUGUAAUCCUUGCUGAUGAAAUGGGCCUAGGAAAGACCAUCCAGACCAUAUCAUUCCUCUCCUACCUGUUCCACCAACACCAGCUGUAUGGCCCCUUUCUUAUAGUCGUCCCUUUAUCCACCCUCACCUCAUGGCAGAGGGAGUUUGAAAUCUGGGCACCAGAGAUUAACGUAGUGGUUUACAUAGGUGACCUGAUGAGCAGAAAUACGAUACGGGAAUAUGAAUGGAUUCAUUCUCAGACCAAAAGGCUGAAGUUCAAUGCACUUAUAACAACAUAUGAGAUCCUCUUGAAAGAUAAGACUGUGCUGGGCAGUAUUAACUGGGCCUUUCUGGGAGUGGAUGAAGCCCAUCGGUUGAAGAAUGAUGACUCUUUGUUGUAUAAAACUCUGAUUGAUUUCAAGUCCAACCAUAGGCUCCUGAUUACGGGGACCCCUCUUCAGAAUUCCCUCAAAGAGCUCUGGUCCUUGCUGCACUUUAUUAUGCCGGAGAAGUUUGAAUUCUGGGAAGAUUUUGAAGAGGACCAUGGGAAAGGGAGAGAGAAUGGCUACCAGAGUCUUCAUAAGGUGCUAGAGCCUUUCCUUCUCCGGAGAGUUAAAAAAGACGUGGAAAAAUCCCUUCCUGCCAAAGUGGAACAGAUUCUCAGGGUGGAGAUGUCGGCCCUUCAGAAACAGUAUUACAAAUGGAUUCUGACCAGGAAUUACAAGGCUCUUGCCAAAGGAACAAGAGGCAGCACAUCUGGUUUCCUUAAUAUUGUGAUGGAACUCAAAAAAUGCUGCAACCACUGUUACCUGAUUAAACCCCCUGAAGAAAACGAAAGGGAAAAUGGACAAGAGAUUCUUCUGUCCCUGAUCAGGAGCAGUGGGAAGCUGAUUCUAUUAGAUAAACUGUUGACAAGACUUCGAGAAAGAGGGAACAGAGUACUUAUCUUCUCACAGAUGGUGAGGAUGUUGGAUAUCCUGGCUGAGUACCUGACUAUUAAGCAUUAUCCUUUCCAGCGUCUGGAUGGUUCCAUCAAGGGAGAAAUCCGAAAACAGGCACUGGACCACUUCAAUGCAGAUGGGUCUGAGGACUUCUGUUUCCUGCUCUCGACAAGGGCUGGUGGCCUGGGAAUCAAUUUGGCUUCAGCGGACACAGUCGUCAUCUUUGACUCUGACUGGAACCCCCAGAACGACUUGCAGGCACAAGCCCGAGCCCAUAGAAUUGGUCAGAAGAAGCAGGUAAAUAUUUACCGCUUGGUUACAAAGGGGACGGUGGAGGAGGAGAUUAUAGAACGGGCCAAAAAGAAGAUGGUAUUGGACCAUCUGGUGAUUCAGCGCAUGGAUACGACUGGUCGGACGAUCCUAGAAAACAACUCAGGAAGGUCCAACUCAAAUCCUUUUAAUAAAGAAGAGUUGACAGCUAUUUUGAAAUUUGGAGCAGAGGAUCUCUUCAAAGAACUUGAAGGGGAGGAGUCAGAGCCUCAGGAAAUGGAUAUAGAUGAAAUUUUGCGCUUGGCUGAAACGAGAGAGAAUGAAGUGUCAACAAGUGCAACAGAUGAGCUUCUAUCACAAUUUAAGGUUGCCAACUUUGCAACAAUGGAAGAUGAAGAAGAGCUGGAAGAACGUCCUCACAAGGACUGGGAUGAGAUCAUUCCAGAGGAGCAAAGGAAAAAAGUGGAGGAGGAGGAGCGGCAGAAGGAGCUGGAAGAAAUUUAUAUGUUGCCUCGAAUUCGGAGUUCCACUAAAAAGGCUCAGACAAAUGACAGUGACUCUGACACUGAGUCUAAGAGGCAGGCCCAGAGAUCCUCUGCCUCUGAGAGUGAGACAGAUGACUCUGAUGAUGACAAGAAGCCAAAGCGCAGAGGGCGCCCCCGAAGUGUGCGGAAGGACCUCGUAGAAGGAUUUACUGAUGCGGAGAUCCGAAGGUUCAUCAAGGCAUAUAAGAAGUUUGGUCUCCCUCUUGAACGGCUGGAAUGCAUAGCACGUGAUGCUGAGCUAGUAGAUAAGUCUGUGGCAGAUCUGAAGCGCCUGGGUGAAUUGAUUCACAACAGCUGUGUGUCAGCAAUGCAGGAAUAUGAAGAACAACUGAAAGAAAAUGCCAGCGAGGGGAAAGGACCAGGGAAAAAGAGAGGCCCAACAAUCAAGAUAUCUGGGGUUCAGGUUAAUGUGAAAUCCAUUAUCCAACAUGAAGAAGAGUUUGAGAUGCUGCAUAAAUCUAUUCCUGUGGACCCUGAAGAAAAAAAAAAAUACUGUUUAACCUGUCGUGUCAAAGCUGCACAUUUUGAUGUAGAGUGGGGAGUGGAGGAUGAUUCUCGCCUCUUGCUGGGAAUUUAUGAACAUGGCUAUGGAAACUGGGAGUUAAUUAAAACGGAUCCAGAGCUUAAGUUAACUGACAAAAUUCUGCCUGUGGAGACAGAUAAAAAGCCUCAGGGGAAGCAGCUGCAGACCCGAGCGGACUACUUGCUGAAGCUGCUCAGGAAGAGUCUAGAGAAGAAGGGGACCGUGACGAGUGGGGAAGAGGCCAAAUUGAAGAAGCGGAAGCCUCGAGUAAAGAAGGAAAACAAAGCACCCAGGCUGAAAGAUGAGCAUGGAAUUGAGUUUUCAUCUCCUAGACACUCAGAUAAUCCAUCUGAAGAGGGAGAAGUAAAGGAUGAUGGCUUAGAAAAAAGUCCAAUGAAAAAGAAACAGAAGAAGAAAGAGAACAAGGAGAACAAGGAGAAACAAAUGAGUUCUAGGAAAGACAAAGAAGGGGACAAGGAAAAGAAGAAGUCAAAAGAAAAGAAAGAGAAGCCUAAAGGUGGUGAUGCCAAAUCUUCGAGUAAAUCAAAGCGAUCUCAGGGUCCUGUCCAUAUUACAGCGGGAAGUGAACCUGUCCCCAUUGGAGAGGAUGAGGAUGAUGAUCUGGACCAGGAGACAUUCAGCAUAUGUAAGGAGAGGAUGAGGCCCGUGAAAAAAGCACUGAAACAGCUGGACAAACCCGACAAGGGGCUCAGUGUGCAAGAACAGCUAGAGCAUACCCGGAACUGCCUGCUGAAAAUCGGAGACCGCAUAGCCGAGUGCCUUAAAGCUUACUCAGACCAGGAGCACAUCAAACUGUGGAGGAGGAACCUAUGGAUUUUUGUUUCUAAGUUUACAGAAUUUGAUGCUCGAAAAUUACAUAAGUUAUACAAGAUGGCCCAUAAGAAAAGAUCUCAAGAAGAGGAGGAGCAAAAAAAGAAAGAUGACGUGACUGGUAGUAAGAAACUGUUUCGACCAGAGGCCUCCGGCUCAAGCCGGGAUUCCUUGAUGUCGCAGUCCCAUACCCCGCACAACCUUCAUCCUCAGAAGCCUCAUUUGCCUGCCUCCCAUGGCCCACAGAUACAUGGACACCCAAGAGAUAACUACAGUCACCCCAACAAGAGACACUUUAGUAAUGCAGAUCGAGGAGACUGGCAGAGGGAAAGAAAGUUCAACUAUGGUGGUGGCAACAACAAUCCUCCGUGGGGUAGUGACAGGCACCAUCAGUAUGAGCAACACUGGUACAAGGACCACCAUUAUGGGGACCGGCGCCACAUGGAUGCCCACCGUUCUGGGAGCUACCGACCCAACAACCUUUCCAGAAAGAGACCUUAUGACCAGUACAGCAGUGACCGAGACCACCGGGGACACAGAGAUUAUUAUGACAGGCACCAUCAUGACUCCAAGCGGAGGAGAUCUGAUGAAUUUAGGCCUCAAAAUUACCACCAGCAGGAUUUCCGACGAAUGUCUGAUCACCGCCCCGCUAUGGGCUACCACGGCCAGGGACCCUCAGACCAUUACCGCUCUUUCCACACAGACAAAUUGGGGGAAUAUAAACAGCCCCUGCCCCCGUUGCACCCUGCAGUCUCAGAUCCUCGCUCGCCCCCCUCUCAGAAAUCUCCUCAUGAUUCCAAGUCACCCCUGGAUCAUAGGUCUCCUUUGGAGAGAUCACUAGAACAGAAAAACAACCCAGAUUAUAACUGGAAUGUUCGGAAAACAUAAAGGACAGCUCAGAAAGAAGAAGAGAGCAAGAGUCAUUAAGCACCUGGAUAUUUUUGGUCUGAUCUAACAGGAGCCAGUUAUCUAGACCAGUAAGUGGAGUUUCUGGACACGCUGCUGCUGUCAGCUUGCCAGCUGAAGGAGCACUUCAGGGAGUGGGAGGCCUUUUGUUUGGUCCAGCUUUGAUUUGGGUCACCACUCCUGCACUUUGGCACCCCAUCCCAUUCCAGCCUGGAUUUGGCCUCCCACUUUGAUGGGUGCUA